AUGGCACCAGCACCAGCUCCAGCACAAGUAGCACGUCGAACCAAGACACUGGGGCUCAUGACAGCAAUUGCAGCAGAGAACACUGAGGUGGAGGAGGAUUGUGGCUGCGCCGUGGGAGUGGAAAAGGGGAACGGACGGGAUGCGGUGGAGACAGUACUCCAAGACCCCAAGACUCUCCAAGCACUAAGGGAGCACAACGGACGAAUCGACGAGGACGGUGGCGUCUGCAACGGUCGGUAG